GGCCGAGGCGUUCCUUGAGACCAACUACAGGAUGUUUCACCAGUGGAGUGGACGAGUCUCCGUGUCUCAUCUCAGUGCCGUUAGUGCUUUGGUUUUUCUCCUUCUGACACACAGCUGUGAAGGUGCUUCUCAGAUGAUUGGCCCUUCUAAGCCAAUACUGGAGAUGGUUGGAGAUGAUGUCGUUUUGCCAUGUCACCUGGAGCCUGCUGCUGAUGUUGUUGCAAAGACGCUGGAGUGGGCCAGACUGGACCUGAACCCCAGGUUUGUCAACGUAAGGCGUGACGGUGUGGCGCUCUUGCAGGAUCAGAACCCGUCCUACCUGGGGAGGACAUCACUGUCCACUGACAAACUGAGGCAGGGAGACAUUUCACUGAAGCUGUCCAAAGUGAGACUCUCUGAUGAGGGAAAGUACAGGUGCCACAUUCCAAACCUGGGGACCUCUACGGCCGAGCUUAUUGUCGGUGCGUUUUCCUCUCCGGCUGUCAUCAUAGCAGAGAUGGACAGAGCCGGCAGCAGAGUGGUGUUGGAGUGUAAAUCUGCAGGCUGGUAUCCAGAGCCUGAGGUGCUGUGGCUGGACCGUGAGGGAAACCUCCUCUCUGCUGGACCUCCAGAGACAGUCAGAGGUCCUGAUGACCUCUAUACUGUCAGCAGCAGAGUGACUGUGGAGAAGAGACACGGCAACAGCUUCACCUGUAGAGUCCAGCAGAGGAACAUCAACCAGACCAGAGAAAUAAAUCUUCAGAUCACAGAGGACAUCUUAGAGGUCCCAUCUUGCACUGUGCGUGUCAUCAUCAUCUCGUCUGUUUGCGUCGUGUUCUCCUGCAUCUGUGCAGCUCUCCUUGUUUUGGGGAAACUGAGACAAAACAACGGCCAAAACAAGCACUGUGACAAUGAAACUGUAGAUGGAGCAGCAGAAGGAGAGCAGCUCCCCAGCACGAAGGAUUUGAUAGAUGAAAAGUUAGAGGAAAAGAAAGACAUGGAACAUGUGAUUAGAGCACUGAUGGAAGAGAAGACAGAGCUGGAGACCUCCAGAGACAAACUGAAAACUGAGCUGGUGAAGGUGGAGGAGGAGAAGAAGAAGAACGAGAAGAAACUCGAUAAAUUAGAGAAACACUUUGAUGUGAAGAAACAAGAGAAAAAGUUACUUCUUUCACAGAACAAUGUGGAACUGGACAAUAAAAAUCUAGAAUAUAAGGAAUCUCUACAGAGAACUAAAGAGAAACUUGAGAAAACAGAGGACAUGAUCCAGAGAAUAACAGAGUGGAAGAAGAAGGUAGAAAAACAGAUUGAGCAAAUGAAGAAACGACUUGAGGAGACAGAGAGAGGAGCUCCAGGUCAAACAUCAGUCGGAGAGGUCGGAUAGAGAGGUGACACACACACAUACAGAGAGUCAGUCCUCUCAGCCUGACUGCAGUUAAUCAAAGGCUCCUGUGACAAAACAUUUAUGUCAUGUAGAGACAGCUCUGACUGAAACUCAUCCUGACAUCAGAGUCACUGUAUUCAACAGGAGACACAGUGACAGAAGACGUCAAUCAAUCAAUCAAUCAAUCAAUCAAUCAAUCAAUUUUAUUUAUA